AUGGCUGCCCUUGAGAAGGCUGUCGUCUCCCCCAGCGUCAGGUUGAAGAGGGAAGACUGUAAGCGCACCAAGCAUGACUCUGCUUUCUCUGAUUGGAAGAUUCUUGUUGGGGCGUCAGAUUGGGAAGAUCAUAUACUGGGGAAGGAAGGAGCAGAAAGAUAUAGGAUUCACAACCUCCCCAAUAGUUCUUCUUGCCCAGGAGUUUAUGAGCUUGGCAUAUAUGUAUCACGCCCCCAGUCGGGGCGAGAUUUCAGCAAACUUGACCCAGAUUUCGUAAUUCCUGUUUACAUUGGUCAAGCUGACAAUGUUAGAACAAGACUCCAGUGUUAUGGCCGUGAAGGUGCUCAUUUGGGGAAUGGCUCCUCAAACUGUGAGCUGAAUAAUGGCAAGAAUUUUUUGGCCCUCAAAGGGCCAGGAUUGUUUACAGAGAUAUUCAAAAAAGGAUUCUCCAUCGUUUAUAGAUGGGCUCCAAUGAAAAAUAAGAGUGAAGCUGAAAAAACAGAAGCUCAGCUGCUUGACAAAUUUGAUUAUGCUUGGAACAAAGGCAAUAAUGGAGAACGUCGCCACAAUGAUGUUAUCCAAAAGCUUGUUCAAAGGUCUUCAAGUGCUUCUAGGUUUCCUCUCAUUGCCAAGAAGGUUCAAGUUUUUCGUCAGAAGCAAGUGGGUGUCAGAAUCAGCAAGCCAGUAUUGUUGGAGGACGGAUCCAUUAUAUACACUAAUCAGGGGAGCAGUGAUUUCCUUUCUCGAGUUUUCAAAUUUGGCAGAUCACAGCCCAGAUUAGUUUCAGUGAGAUUUGGUGCUGAGGGCCAUGAUAGUAUUUGUGGUGUGGCUCUAGAUCAUGGAUCUAUCUGUACAAGACCACCAGCUGAGGGAAGAAAAAGGUGUGCUGAGCAUAGGGGGAUGAAAGUCAAUGGUUCUAAUACAAAGUUCAUUACAGGUGGGAAAUCACCUGCAGGUGAUUUGAACAUGGGAUCAGGUAUUAUUAUUGACCCAAUCUAUAAUGAGCUUCAACCAGCUCCAGUUAGACAUCCAGUCAAUGAAGGCUUCUCUCCUAUAUGUGGAGUUUCCUUGCAUGAUGGCUCUACUUGUACGAGGGAACCAGUACAGGGAAACAAAAGGUGUGAGCAGCAUAGAGGGAGAAGGAUCCAUGGAUCCGUUUCUAGAACAGUGACAGAAGAGAAAAAACAUUAUGUGCCUGGUCCAGUUUUUGAAUAUAGGACUCCUUGUAAUGAUCAUGAUCAGAUCUCCUCUGCAACUCAUAGACCUGGAAGGCAACAGUCUCCUGUUUCCUCGGGGAGGUCUGGUGUCAACAAGGGUUACACUACUAUAUGUGAGGUGAAUUUAGGAGAUGGGACUUUCUGCACAAGGCAACCUGUUGUAGGACGAAAGAGGUGUGAGGAACAUAAAGGGAUGAGGGUUAAGGAUCCUAAGCCGAAAUUGUUAGAAGCAGAAAUACCCAGUGUGUUUGAUGGUUCAGUUUUCCGAACUUGUAAUAACAAUAAGUACAAUAAUUCCCCUGCUCGAUCAGUCGAUAAGGAAUUUAUUCCAACUUGUGGGGCAACAACCCUUGAUGGUUCCUCAUGCAGGAGGAAACCAGGUGAAGGUAACAAACGGUGUUGGCAGCAUAAAGGAAUGAAGGCUGACCCAAGUUUGGGGUAUUAUGGCUCCUCUUCUCAAUCGGCCUCAUAUAGUACUUUUAUGUCUGAGGGUUUUUCAUCAACUUGUGGGGCACCUUGCCGUAAUGGUUCCUAUUGCCGUAGGGCACCAGCUCAAGGGAGGCAAAGGUGUUGGCAGCAUUAAAUCCUUCUGUAGUAGCACAAUGCAGGAGUUUGUUUCCACUUAUCAAAUUGUCUAAAUGCGUAGUGUACAUUUAACCCUCCCCAAAAUCUGCAGUGGCCAAAAUCUGGUGCAGCAGUGGGCUCUCUUGUAGGAGAAUGCCAAUUCCUGGAAUGAAGAGGCCUAAGAAGCUUGAGGGAAUGAGAGUUACAACUCCCAGAAGGAAACUGAUCCUUUGAGCUGAAUCAGGUUAAUGUGUAUGGCUAUUAUAUUAUGUUUGAUUUUGUUUCCUGAUAAUAGUUGAUAUUGUGUGUAACUUGUUAUCAUAAGAAAGUGUGUUCUGUUUAAUGUUUCGC